CCGUAUCUGUACUCUGUCGUCCUUCCUUCCCGUUCGGUUCUUUGCUUCGUGUCUUGAUUUCUCUGGAGACGCCUGUUCCAUCGACGAAGACUUGAUACUCCUCGCGCCGCUCGUAGUGUCGAAAACUGAUCCCUCCUUGGCGACGAUAAUCUCGUUCCUUACGCCACGUUGCCGACAGUUUGUUCUUCCACACAAACAUACACACACACACACACACACACACAGAGAGAGAGAGAGAGGGAUGGCCUCAGAGAAGGCACGUGCUGGAGCAGAACAGAUGAAGGAGGCCGGGCGAGAAGGAUAUGAGGAAGGGAAGGGGUCUGCUCAGGAGAAGUACGAGCACGCAAAGGGGACUGUCGGCGCCAAGACGGAGGAAGCCAAAAAGGCUAUAGAGGAACAGAGGCAGCGAGCAGCGGAAUCGAUGCAGGAGCAGCAGGAGAAAGCAGCGGGCGCCAUGCAAAGCCUGAAGGAGAAGGCAGGCGCAGCUAUGGAGGGUCUGAAGGAGAAGGUCGGGAUGGGAGGAGGAGGGGCAGGAGCAGGCAAGGGAGGGCAGUGAGGAAGGAAGCGGAAGCGUUGACUUCUGCGCGCCACGGGUCAACGAGAUGGGUGAAGGAGAUCUUCAGCGCCGGUAUGGAGUCUCAGGUGUGCAAUGAAUUUGGUCGUAAUGGAGGUCACAUGCAGAUAACCAUAUCUCUUAUAACCGUGGCGUAGGGGGCUCAGUUAUUCUGUUUGAAUCUGGCCAGGAAACGAGUUUCGUGUUUGAAUCUUACCUGGAAAUGAGCCGCAAUACAUUGGCAGUUUUUGGCGGAAUCGAGUUUUAGCGACGCCAUUCUAAUCUGGUCAGAGUUGCGCAGCCGAGCUCGCAGGGUUCUGAAAUGCCAUGGAUAACUGCUUCACAAUUUACACGCAUCACAACUGCGUUCUGGACCAGAUGCAUUCGCACCGUCGAAACAUUUGUCAGGUAUCGGGGUCGUCACGAGGUCCAGAUAUUUUUAGAACGUCGUGUAGUGGAGCGAGGCCCAGUAUGUGGUAGGUGCAGUAUUUGAUACUUGAUUGAUGUGUGUAGCCUUGGGCGCUAGGACCGUUGUCAAGAUACGGGCCCAGAUACCUCCAGAACGUGUUGUAGUGGAGCGGCGAGGCCCAGUGUGUGGUAGGAUUUGAUAUUUGCUUGAUGUGUAGCCUUGGGCGCUGGGCCCGUUUAUAAUUCCGAGGCUGUAUUAAAAGU